AGAGAAGGUUUCCUCCAUCAUUGUUGACUCCCUUUAGAAGAACAACAUACAACAAUAAAGCUUUCUCUCUCUCUCUCCUUUCCUCAGAUUCCAGAUUGUCUUCUUGCCAAGAUUGCUAAAUCCUCAUUCUACUCUUCGUUUCCAGCUUCCACCAUUUUUUUUAGCCGUGAUUCAGCUUCGGUCCUAUCAGAUUAUGUAAAUAUUCUUCCCGAUUCAACUCACUUAGCUUCAGAUUCGAUCUCCGUUCUAGAGCGAUAGUAUCGUUCCUGUGUACUAUUUUGGCUGCGUUUGCGGUUUUUCCUCGCUCGCAAUGGAGACUCCACCGGCGGAGGAGCUGCUGAAGAAGAUACGGGAGCUAGAAGAAAGCCAGGAGCAUCUGAAGCGUGAGAUGUCGAAGCUCAAGGUAUCGGCGGAGAUUAAGCAGCGUUCGCAUUCGAUGUCGCCGCAACGGCCUGUGAGGAGGAACCAUGGUGACGGAACUCCGAUGUGGAGAAAGAGCGGCGCGGCGUCGUUCCGUCACGCUUCACCGCUGCGGAGGGAGAGCCGUGGGCAUGCGAAAGCCGCCGGAGCUGGUGGCGAGGGACAAUCGGCAGGCAAGUUCACCGAUAAACAGUAUUUGAAUAUUUUGCAGUCUAUGGCACAAGCUGUUCAUGUCUUCGAUCUAAAUGGGCAAAUAAUCUUUUGGAACUCAAUGGCGGAAAAGCUUUAUGGCUUCUCAGCUGCAGAAGCACUUGGGAAGGAUCCGAUUGAUAUUCUUGUAGAUGAACAGGACGCUGCGGUUGCACAAAAUAUCACUCGGCGUUGCGGCUGUGGAGAGAGUUGGACUGGUGAGUUUCCUGUCAAGAACAAAGCAGGAGACAGGUUUUCAGUCGUGACUACGAUGUCUCCUUUCUAUGAUGAUGAUGGUUCUCUUAUUGGGAUCAUAUGCAUCACAAAUGAUUCGGCACUCUUUCAAGACCCGAGAGUUACUCCAGCUAAGACAAGUGGGCAAGAAGGGGAGACGAGCUUUAGCAGGGCGACUAAUAGUGUUGCAUCCAAGCUUGGUCUUGAUUCCAAAGAGACUGUUGUAUCGAAACUUGGCCUUGAUUCUCAGCAGCCUAUACAAGUUGCUAUUGCAUCCAAGAUAUCGGAUUUGGCAUCCAAGGUGGGCAACAAGGUCAGGUCGAAAAUGCAAGCAGGUGAUAAUUACGCUGCACACCCUGAGGGUGGAAGUGGGGACAGUCAUCAGUCGGAUCAAGGCUUCUUCGAUGCUGCUCUCUCUGACCGGAGGGAGGAUGCAGCAAUAAGUGGUGCUAGCACACCUAGGGGGGAUUUUAUCCAAUCUCCUUUUGGUGUGUUCAUACAUAGCGAUGAGAAGUCUUCAAAGCCCUCCAGAGAUUCCAGUGAUGAAAAUGAUGGAAACUCUGUCUUCCCUAAGAAACUUGCCACAAAAGCUGAGGAAUGGUUGGUAAAGAAAGGAUUAUCAUGGCCAUGGAAAGGGAAUGAGCAAGAAGGUUUGGAAGGAAGACGUGCUCAUUCUGUGUGGCCUUGGGUGCAGAAUGAACAGCAGAAAGAUCAGAGUCAUCAAAGUAAUUCCUUUCAUAGUGUUAAGUCUGAAAGUAAUAAGGCUGCCAAUAACGAGGCUAUGGGGUCUUGGUCUUCCUCUGUAAAUGUGAACAGCACAAGCAGUGCUAGCAGCUGUGGAAGUACUAGCAGCAGUGUUAUGAAUAAGGUUGAUAUGGAUAGUGACUGCUUGGACUACGAAAUCUUAUGGGAGGAUUUGACAAUUGGAGAACAAAUUGGGCAAGGUUCAUGUGGAACUGUCUAUCACGGUCUAUGGUUUGGAUCUGAUGUGGCUGUAAAAGUGUUCUCCAAACAAGAAUAUUCAGAAGAGAUAAUAACAUCUUUUCGACAAGAGGUAUCGUUGAUGAAAAGACUUAGACAUCCAAAUGUUCUACUGUUUAUGGGAGCCGUGACAUCGCCUCAGCGUCUCUGUAUAGUGACAGAGUUCCUUCCACGUGGAAGUCUAUUCCGUUUGCUGCAGAGGAACACGUCAAAACUGGAUUGGAGGCGACGUAUCCAUAUGGCAUCGGACAUUGCUCGUGGCAUGAAUUAUCUUCACCACUGUAGUCCACCCAUCAUUCACCGUGAUCUGAAGUCGUCAAAUCUUUUAGUCGAUCGAAACUGGACAGUGAAGGUUGCUGACUUUGGUCUUUCGCGUAUCAAGCAUGAGACGUACCUCACUACGAAGACUGGAAGGGGAACGCCUCAAUGGAUGGCACCGGAAGUUCUUCGAAAUGAGGCUGCUGAUGAAAAGUCUGACGUUUACAGCUUUGGAGUAGUACUAUGGGAGCUUGUGACUGAGAAGAUUCCGUGGGAAAAUCUAAAUGCUAUGCAGGUGAUUGGAGCUGUGGGGUUCAUGAACCAGAGGCUUGAAGUCCCCAAGGAUGUUGAUCCUCAGUGGAUUUCUCUGAUGGAAAGCUGCUGGCAGAGCGAACCACAGCGUAGACCGACUUUCCAAGAAGUUAUGGACAGACUAAGAGAGCUUCAAAGAAAAUACACGAUACAGUUCCAGGCAGCUCGUGCAGCAUCAAUAGACAACUCUUCCCUCAAGGAAAAAUAAAUUUUGAAACCCACGGAGCAGAAUCUGAUUCGCAUUGAAGAAGACAAAGAAGAAAAAGCUAAGCUACAGACGCAGAAAAAAAGUUCUUGAGUUUGUGUGUUGAAGCGCAAUGAAGAGAAGCAGCAAGAAAGAAGCUUUAGUAAGCUCGAUCGGAUAGUCUCUCUCUUCAUUGUGAGAGGCAAGAUUCUUCUUAUGGAAUUCGUUUCAAAACGUCAUGUGCUUGCGAGGCGAGCUAGAGAGGAUACAUAUCUAAUUAUGCCCGAGGCAGGCCCUGUUUUGUUAAAGAAGUGUCCUGUACAUGUGAAAAAAACGGGAAUGACUCAAAGAUUUAAAACACUGAUUUGAGUAAAUAUUGUCACAUUUUAUUGGAUGA